AGGCAAAGCCCGGCUUCCCUGACGCUCCCCGCAGCGGCGGGGGCGGAGAAGCGACCUCAGCCCCACGGCUUGCACAGCUGGCGCAGACCACGCUCUCGCCCAGGUCCGGCGGCCUCAGCGCCCCCCGAAUGAACACCUUCCGCCCGCCGGCCGCCCCGCGAGGCGGGCCGUGUCGUGGCCCCGGUACACGGAGGGGGACGCCGAGGCCCGGAGCAGGGCCCGUCUCGGCCUGUGCUCGGAGCCAGGCGGCAGGGCCCGCGGGCCGGCGGGCGGCGCGGGGACCGCUGCGCUCCCGCCCUCCGCCAGCGCCUGGCGGCCGCCCCACGUGACGGGAAGCGGCGGCUGCGGGGUCGGGCCAACCCAGGAGCCGCGGGCCGGAGCGGGGCGGCGGGGCCCCAGGCCGCGGGGCGGCGCGGGACGGCGGGCGCCGGCGCCGAUCAGCCAGUAGACAUGAUGAGCAUCAAAGCCUUUACGCUUGUCUCUGCUGUGGAGCGGGAGCUGCUAAUGGGCGACAAGGAGCGCGUCAACAUAGAGUGCGUGGAGUGCUGCGGCAGGGACCUCUACGUGGGCACCAACGACUGCUUCGUCUACCACUUCCUGUUGGAGGAGAGGCCAGUGCCUGCUGGGUCAGCCACGUUCACUGCCACCAAACAGCUGCAGAGACACCUGGGCUUCAAGAAGCCUGUGAACGAGCUGCGCGCGGCCUCAGCACUCAACAGGCUGCUGGUGCUGUGUGACAACUCCAUCAGCCUGGUCAACAUGCUGAACCUCGAGCCAGUGCCUUCAGGGGCCCGCAUCAAGGGGGCAGCCACGUUUGCACUGAACGAGAACCCUGUGAGUGGGGACCCGUUCUGUGUAGAAGUUUGCAUCAUCUCUGUCAAACGCAGAACCAUCCAGAUGUUUCUGGUGUACGAGGACCGGGUGCAGAUCGUCAAGGAGGUGUCGACUGCCGAGCAGCCCCUCGCUGUGGCUGUGGACGGCCACUUCCUGUGUCUGGCUCUGACCACUCAGUACAUCAUCCACAAUUACAGCACAGGCGUCUCCCAGGACCUGUUUCCCUACUGCAGCGAGGAGAGGCCGCCGAUCGUCAAGAGGAUAGGGAGACAGGAGUUCCUGCUGGCGGGCCCCGGAGGGCUGGGCAUGUUUGCCACAGUCGCAGGGAUAUCCCAGCGCGCCCCCGUGCACUGGUCGGAGAACGUGAUUGGGGCAGCUGUGUCCUUUCCAUACGUCAUAGCGCUCGAUGAUGAAUUCAUCACAGUCCACAGCAUGUUGGAUCAGCAACAGAAGCAGACCCUGCCCUUUAAGGAGGGCCACAUCCUACAGGACUUUGAAGGAAGAGUGAUCGUUGCCACAAGUAAAGGAGUUUACAUCUUGGUUCCAUUACCUUUGGAAAAACAAAUACAGGAUCUUCUAGCAAGCCGCAGAGUAGAAGAGGCUUUGGUUUUAGCAAAAGGAGCCCGGAGGAACAUUCCAAAGGAAAAAUUUCAGAUAAUGUACAGAAGGAUUCUGCAGCAGGCAGGAUUUAUACAGUUUGCACAACUUCAGUUCCUGGAAGCUAAAGAGCUCUUCAGAAGCGGCCAGCUUGAUGUCCGGGAGCUGAUCUCUCUCUACCCCUUCCUGUUGCCCACCUCCUCCUCCUUCACCCGGUCCCACCCUCCUCUUCAUGAGUAUGCAGACCUGAACCAGCUGACCCAGGGGGACCAGGAGAAGAUGGCCAAGUGCAAAUGCUUCCUCAUGAGCUACCUGAACGAGGUCCGCAGCACAGAGGUAGCAAAUGGCUACAAGGAGGACAUUGACACAGCCUUGCUCAAACUGUACGCAGAGGCCGACCACGACAGCCUGCUGGACCUCCUGGUCACUGAGAACUUCUGUCUUCUGACGGACAGUGCUGCCUGGCUAGAGAAGCACAAAAAGUAUUUUGCACUUGGACUGCUCUACCAUUAUAAUAACCAAGAUGCUGCUGCAGUUCAGUUGUGGGUGAACAUUGUGAAUGGCAAUGUCCAGGACUCCACACGCUCAGACCUGUAUGAAUACAUCGUGGAUUUUCUUACCUACUGCUUAGACAAGGAGCUAGUGUGGGCCUAUGCUGAUUGGGUCCUGCAGAAAAGUGAAGAGGUCGGAGUUCAGGUUUUCACCAAGAGACCUUUGGAUGAACAGCAGAAGAACAGUUUUAAUCCAGAUGACAUUAUCAAUUGCCUUAAAAAAUACCCUAAAGCCCUUGUGAAGUAUCUGGAACAUCUUGUGAUAGACAAGAGACUGCAGAAAGAAGAGUAUCACACCCACUUAGCUGUGCUGUACCUGGAAGAGGUGCUGCAGCAGAGGGCCUCCGCCAGCGGCAAGGGUGCAGAGGCCACCGAGACGCAGGCCAAGCUGCGGCGGCUGCUCCAGAAGUCUGAUUUAUACCGAGUCCACUUUCUCCUCGAGAGGCUGCAGGGAGCUGGCCUGCCCAUGGAGAGCGCCAUCCUGCACGGGAAGCUGGGCGAGCAUGAGAAGGCACUGCAUAUCCUGGUGCACGAGCUGCAGGACUUCGCAGCGGCCGAGGACUACUGCCUGUGGUGCUCCGAAGGCCGAGACCCACCCCACCGCCAGCACCUCUUUCACACGCUGCUGGCCAUCUACCUGCGUGCUGGCCCCGCCGCCCACGAGCUGGCCGUGGCUGCUGUGGACCUGCUGAACCGCCACGCCACCGAAUUUGAUGCGGCCCAGGUGCUGCAGAUGCUGCCUGACACCUGGUCAGUGCAGCUCCUCUGCCCAUUCCUGAUGGGGGCCAUGAGGGACAGCAUCCAUGCCAGGAGGACCAUGCAGGUGGCUCUCGGCCUGGCCAGGUCCGAAAACUUAAUCUACACCUACGAUAAGAUGAAGUUGAAAGGAAGCUCAAUCCGACUCUCAGACAAAAAGCUUUGUCAGAUAUGCCAAAAUCCCUUUUGUGAGCCUGUGUUUGUUAGAUACCCAAAUGGUGGUCUUGUGCACACCCACUGUGCUGUCAGCAGACACACAAACCCCAGCUCAUCCAGUCCUGGCACUCGGACUUGAAAAGCUUGGCCCAAGGGUGCGAGGGGAACUCCGAGUUCUUUCUGAGCCUGCUGGACAUGAAGAGCAGAUGACCACCAUGCUCUGUGUCAGCCAGGACAAAGGGAGACAUCUGGGUGCCAGGGAGCCUUCCGUCCAUACGCAACAAGGACUCCUCACUGCUGACCAGGCUCUAUGAAUGUACAUGGAAAACCCCUAAAAAUCCCCAAAACAGAUACAUACAAGAGUUCACCUGUCCAGGUACAUAGUAAUCCAAGACAGAGGUCUACUUUGAAAAAAAAAAAAAAAGGGAGUCUUCCUCAUGCAGUCCAGACCCAGGUGGGGGAUCCCCCACCACCCCCACACUCCAACCUUUAGACUCAUGUUUGCACUGGAAACGUGGCUUCAGCGUGGCUGACGACAAAGCCCUCUCUUGCCUGGGUGAGUGGCGAGGACACAGAGCCUCAUGGGGGUCAGCCUUGCCCUCCUGCAGAGACACGUUCUCCAUCCAUGCCGCUCACUCGUGGGCCCGUUUCCCAGGGUUACCUCGUGGGCUCUGCAUUUGCCCUCAGAAACGGCUGACCCUGGAGAAGUACCUUUGUUCCUUCUUUCUUCCUCUCUGGCUGUCAGCUCCCAAAAGAUUUUGCCUUGUGUACCCAAGCAUUCACUCUUGGGUGAACUCAUGCUUCUGGCUGCCUAGCAAGUGAAGAUCUGUUGAGAAACUGAGAACACUCCAAGAGAGAAGCUGCUCUCCCUGCCUUGAAGAAGCCACGGACACGGGAAGCCCACGGUGGGCAAGGGCCCAGCUGUGUGCUCCUUUCCUGUCAUGGCAUCUGCUGAUUUGAAACUCCAUGAUGAACACGUUGAACUAAACAUUUUUAUUUAAAUUUGUAUCAUGUUCGUAGUUGCUCUCUUGUUGAGAGAGUCAUCUGUCCUGUUUGUUAGGGAUAUUUUUUCUUGUUAAAAUGUACCUCCUGUUGAAUACUCGGGAAAUUCAAAGGGAAGUGUGGUCAGCACACACUGAGCAUUCUUUUCUGGAGAGGCCGGUUUUAGCCUCGCACCUUUAGCAGGACCGACAGCGGGUGGAAGGCCCCGUGUGCUGGACGGGGGUGUCGCCUCCUGGAUGGCACACCCUCCCGAGGACAUCCAGACAGGCUGUGUCACCUUCCAGCACUUUAUGUGCCUGCUCUGAGGUGUCCUGAACACACAGCAACAGCCUGUCCUUCAUCACAGGCCGGGGAUUCCUUUUGUGUUUCUGUAUAACAUCGAUGACGAGCUGAAGCUGUUGUCACUUCACUGCCCUCUUUGGAAUUUCUUCAUUGUGCUGACUGAUUCUAUUAGGGGCUAACAAUAAAGGCAGUCUGCCUACUACUAUCAUGCUUGGGAAACAAGCGUCAGCUUGUACAUAUAACAAGAGAGGACCCUGAAUACACCCUCUCUUCAUCAGCCCAAGCCUUACUGAGGUGGGAUGAAGACCUCAUUCUCUGUUCUUUAAAACAUAUUUCGUGAACUAAUAUUGGUCCAUGUAUUUUUUGUCCUUUUGGGACUCUAAGUGGGUCAAGAAGCAAAAACAUCCAUGUGUUGUUUGGGGGGGAUUGGCACCAUUGUUUCCUGACUGUGUUUCAAUUAACUAAAGAAUAAAUGAUGAAGAAAUUCUCCUUGUAG